AUGUCUGUGAGAACUCUCCCCCUGGUUUUCAUUAAUCUUGGUGGGGAGAUGAUUUACAUACUGGACCAACGCCUGCAAGCUCCCAACACGUCUGAUGACAAUUCAGAGAAAGGAGUGUGGUCAGAAAACGACAGAAAAAGAGUUAUGAAUGACAUCGUGGGAACCAUGUUUAGCAAAGCAUUCAUCGAUGAACUUCUCAAACCUCAGCAGCUGUAUUCUCACAGGACACUGAAGACUGUGCUGACUCGCUUAGCACACGCCUCCAUCAUGAGGUUGAACCCCGCCAGCAUGGAUAGGCUUUACGAGCUGAUGGUUAUGGCGUUCAAAUACCAAGUCUUCCUUUGUCCACGGCCAAAAGACUUGCUGCUCAUCUCAUACAACCACAUAGACACCAUCAGGGAAUUUGUCAAAGAUACUCCGGUGGUCGUGAAUCAAGUGGACGAGACACAUAGGAAGAUAAUUGAGGUAUACUCAUCAUUAUCAGAAGGUGAAUUCCAGCUUCUCAGACAAACUCUGCUCAUAUUUUUUCAAGACAUGCAUGUUCGCGUGUCACUUUUCCUCAAGAAUAAAGUCCAGAAUCCCAACGGACGUUUUGCCCUUUCGACCUCAGGUCCAGUGCCUCAUGGCAUAGAUGUCCCAGGGUUAAUUAGGACGUUCAACACUAAGGGCAAAGAAGUGAGACGUAGCCAGUUCCCCACUGGAGGAAGUUACAGCAGCGCCAUCAGAGAGGGAUGUUUUGAGCUGCAUGGAGACAGAGUCAUCAGACUGGGCAGGAACAUGUACACGGUGAACCAUCCCGAGGAAACACACACAUCCAAGUCUAUAAAACAUAUUGCUACCUGGCUGCAGACAAACGACACCCCCAACCUGCUGGCCAAGGAGGAGCUGAACCUGCUGGCUCGUCUGAUGGGCAGCGUGAAGGCUGAGAACAAGCCCAAAGCUGAGACGGGCUUCAGGAUCAACCUGUUCACUACAGACGAAGAGGAGGAGGAGGCGGGGGACAUCAGUGGAGCUGAGCAGUCCAUGUUUGGAGUGAUCAGUAUUCAGGCGAUGAAGGACGAACAGGCUGCCUCUGAGCUGGCUCGAAUCGCCGGACAGUUCACAGAACAAGAACAGCCUGAAACCCUCGGCUGUAGCAAAGGAGACGACCUGCUGGCCAUGAUGGAUGACCUCUGA